AUGAUGGACAUGUCUGAUAUGACCGCGGCCACGGCCACCUCCACCAUGUCCAUGUCCAUGUCCAUGUCCACGACAACCUCGACAUCCAGCUCAAUGGACAUGUCCUCUUCCAUGAUGUACAUGUCCGACAUGGCCAUGACAUUUUUCACCUCCUUUAAAACACCGCUUUACUCCACAACCUGGACACCUUCCUCGCAAGGCCAAUACGCCGGUACUUGCAUUUUCCUCAUCGUUCUCGCCGUCCUGCUCCGCAUACUCAUCGCCCUCCGACCCAUUUUGGAAGGACGUGUGUGGACUGAUAGUGUGCAACAUAGCAUGCUAGAUCAUAAUCUUCCAAGUGAUGUGAAGACGAAGCGUAUUUCCGGGUGGCAGUUGAGUAUGCAGGAGCUUGGUCGUCGGUGGUCGAGAUGGCGUGUGAAUCCUGCGGCGGGACGGGCGACUUAUGAAUUGGUUGUUGCAGGUAUUGCCUAUUUAUUGAUGCUGGGGGUGAUGACGAUGAAUGUGGGCUAUUUCAUGUCCGUACUCGGUGGGAUUUGGCUUGGGACUUUCAUCAUGGGAGGAGUCGCGUCGGAGAGCUCCAUGUUGCACUGUUGA